GUCCAAUUUGGUUGGAAACGUUAAUAUUGGUCAUGGCGGCUGGCCGUCGUCUCCUCGCUGUCGUUACGUUUUUGCUCUUCGCCCUUUUUCCGGCCUUGCUCUCGUCCCGCAGUGACGUGCUCGUGCUCGGAAACGCCGACUUCGACUACUUGGCAACCGAGCACGACACCAUGCUCGUCAAAUUCUACGCGCCUUGGUGUGGCCACUGUAAGAAGUUAGCUCCAGAGUUUGAGAAAGCAGCUGGCAAACUGAAGGGAACUGUGCAGCUAGCAAAGGUGGACUGCACGGCCCAAGUGGACACGUGUAGUCGCUUCGGUGUGUCAGGAUACCCGACGCUGAAGAUCUUCAGGAAUGGGAAGGAUUCCGCCUCCUACGAUGGUCCUCGGUCUGCUGAGGGGAUCUUUGAGUACAUGGCAAAGCAGACUGGUCCGGAUUCUGUGAAGUUGCUGACCGAAGAAGACCUGCAGACCUUCGUCCGCCACGACGACGCUUCCAUCGUCGGUGUGUUUUCAGACGAGGACAGCUCUAGCCUGAGUGACUUUGUGAAAGCUGCGGGACUUUUGCGAGAUCAGUUCCGAUUCGCUCACACCACACAAAUGACGCUGGCCGCCCCCUAUGGACUCCAAACAGAAGGCAUCUUGUUGUUUCGGCCUCCCCGAUUGGCCAGUCCGUUUGAGGACAGCGUUGUUGUUUUGCCAGAUUUCUGGACCAUCCCGUCUUUGAGACGCUUCAUCCGAGAUCACGUAUUUGGACUUUGUCCUCAUAUGACCUCGGAGAACAAAGAUCUUCUGAGAGUUCGUGAUCUCCUGACUGCCUUUUACAACGUGGACUUCCAACACGACGCCCCAGUCUCCAAGUACUGGAGAAACAGGGUGAUGAAGGUGGCGACCAAGUACGCAGGACGGGGCCUCUUCUUCUCAGUUGCCAAUCAGAAAGACUUCCAGGCCGAGCUAGAGAAUGAGUUUGGUGUGGGGACGUCCGACGGCGGAGAGGUUCCCCUGGUGACCAUCCGCACCAAAGCGGGUCACAAGUACACCAUGAGGGAGGAGUUCACGAGGGACGGCACCUCUCUGGAGAGGUUUCUGGACCAGUACUUCGCCGGGCAGCUGAAACGCUACGUCAAGUCAGAGCCUGUCCCUGACAGAAACGCCGGCGCCGUUAAGGUGGUGGUGGCUGAGUCCUUCGACGCCCUUGUCAACCAACCUGACAAAGAUGUCCUGAUCCAGUUUUACUCGCCGGCCUGUCCGAACUGCAAGAAGCUUGAACCGGUUUACACCGCGCUGGCUGAGACGCUGUCUUCAGAUGCAAGCGUGGUCGUCGCCAAAAUGAACGCUGUGGAUAACGACCUGCCGCCCGGCUACGUCGUCCAAGGGUACCCGACCAUCUACUUGGCGCCAGCUGGAAGGAAGAACGAGCCAGUCCGAUACCAGGGUGGGCGGGAGCUGCGAGACUUCCUGCGCUUCUUGCAACAACAAACCGGCCAGCGCCACCUUCAACGGGAACUCUGAUUGGCGUCGGUGUUUGAGUCCUAAGCGGAGUGUGGCUGCGGCCGCCAUUCUCAGCAACUCCUUGCAGCCUUGCCGAGAUGCUUUAUCUGAAACGGCAAGAACGUACAAUCGGAAAAGUCAUUGCAUUUUAACGAGGUACAAAAGGUGACAAACCCUGCUGUGAAAGUAAAACUUGAAGAACUCCAAGAUUCCGUCCUCCUUGGGUAGCACUUAUCCGUGAUGAUGCAUCUAUGUAUGGCAAAAAAAGACGUACGUGUUUGCGCACUGGGCAUGGGAGGUGCGGCCGGACCCCUCUGCACGCAACCCUUGCAUUGAUUUGUUUGUAACCUUUGUAAAGGCUCGGAUUCAUUGAUUGAUUGCUCUGU